ACAAGCGCAUUUCCGGUAUGGCAAGCGGGAGAGGACAAUUGUCGUGGACUACAGAGACUUUUAGUUUGUAAUGGAAGGACAUAUAAAAUAUUACGUUGUAGAAAGAAGGCUAGUAUUGUUUAAGAAAAUAAAUCUAUAAUAUUCGCUCGUAAACACUUACGUGUAAUGUAUUUCGAAGAUCGUCUCAAUUUCAAGUUGAACGUGAAAGGCUACUGCUGGUGCUGUCUGGCUACCUUCUUCAGCUAGUUAGCUAGCAUAGUGGAAACUAGGCCGGUUGAUGCCAACGUGCCACACAGAUAGCUGGCUUCGUGCAUGAUCCAGCUUCACGGUGACAGGCAGAUGUCCGAUUCGAAUAUAUAGCCCUGGUUUUACGGUCAAAUAAUCACUAGCUCGCAAUGGGUGGGAAAAAGAAAAAGUCGGCGAAUUCAACUGCGGUGCCACCGGCUGCAGCAUGCAAUGAUAACGCUCCUUCUGGAAAUGACAUGCCAGACGCAAAUGCUACUGGAAAGAAACCACAGCAGAAACAAAACUCUGUUAAAACUGCUGCGAAGGACAACAAAUCCAAAGCGCCGAAGACAUACAGCUUCACCAGUACUCCACAAGUAGAUACAGGGGGAAUACCAAUACAUGACAAGUCUAUUCUCAAAGUUUUCAUACAAGCGGACUUGGAGAAAAAAAUAAUCAAGCUGAUCAAUGACUAUAGACAAGAAAAUGGUGAUAAAGGACCAGUAUCAGGGAGACUGACAACAAAAAAGCUUCUGGACUUAUACACAGCUCUGCAGAAACUCCACUUUAAGACAGAGCACAUAGAGGAAGCUAUGAAAUCCAGCGUGCUGUAUGGGGGGGAUCUGCACUCUGCACUCGACUGGCUUUGCCUAAAUCUCAAGGAUGAGGAGCUACCUGAGGGUUUCAGUCAAAAGAUGCACGAGGAGAACCAUAAGACCAAGCCAAAAUUUCAGAACCCGACAGAGAGGAAGCAACAGCAGCCUAGAGCAGAGGUUCCCAAAGAGCCAGACCGAGAAGAUGCAAAGAAGGCUCCUGUAAAGGAUGAAGCAACAAGCAUGAAGGAUUGGAUCCUGAGAUAUGCUGAACAGUCCAGCGAAGAUGAAAGUGAGGAAGAAGAGGACAGAGGGAAACCACGAAACCCAGAGCUGAAUGAGAAGUUUGAUCCUAAUGACAGAUACCUGGUGCUCACAGCCCAGCUGUAUGACGCGAGAGAAAUGGCCGUUUCAGCAAAAGCAAAGAGAGACAAAGCCGGCCAAAGGACUGCACAGGACAGAAUCCGAGUCAUCCAGCAAGAAAUGAAGCCAUUGGAAUCACAUCCAAUGUUUAAUCCAGCAAUAAAAGUGACUGAAGCUCCCAAAGAGGAGAAGAAACCAGCUCCUGUUCUGGAGGGAAAGGAGGAUCUGAACUUUAGCCUUUUUGAAAAAUCUGAAGCACCCCCAGCAGAAAAGACAGUGAAGAAGAAUGAGCCAAAAGACAUCAGAAACUUUGACUAUACAUCCCGGAGCUGGACAGGCAAGUCUCCCAAGCAGUUUCUUAUCGACUGGUGCAGGAAAAACCUCCCCAAAAGCCCACCACCAUCCUUCCAGAAGGUUCCUGUGGGCAAGUACUGGAAAUGCAGAGUGCGCGUUCAAAGGGUUGAAAACGUACUGGAGGUCUGCCCCACUAUCUUGACCGAAGACGGCAUGCAGGCACAGCACUUGGGAGCGACCCUGGCCCUCUACAACCUAGUCAAGGGACAGUCGGUGCACCAGCUGCUGCCGUCCACGUAUCGGGAGGUGUGGCUGGAGUGGCGGGACAGCGAGCAGCAGGAGGCGGAGCAGACGCGCACGGAGAUCAACAAGCCCAGGGACCAGUUCAUCGCCCGGCUGCUGAGCCGCCUCAAGCAGCAGCAGCCACACGAGCCGCCGUGCCCCGCCCGGUCGGGUCCGCAGGCCGCGGACGACCCCGAGGACUCGUGGGAGAACCUCCUGUCUCAGGAGGACGAGGGCCCGGGGGCGGAGGCGGCCCCGGCGGGCGGGGGCUGGGGCGCGAGCCGCGCCCUCCUGCUGAAGCUGCGCGGCUCGCCGCUAGCCCAGCGCCUGCUGCGGGAGCGGCAGCAGCUGCCCGUCUUCCAGCAUCGCCAGCGCGUCCUGGAGGCCAUCCGGAGGCACCGGGUGGUGGUGGUCGCCGGGGAGACCGGCAGCGGCAAGAGCACCCAGGUCCCCCAGUUCAUCCUGGAUGACCUGCUGGCUGGGGGGCCUGAGGCCCAGCCCUGCAGCGUGGUGGUGACCCAGCCCCGCAGGAUCUCCGCCAUGAGCCUGGCCACCAGAGUGUCCCAGGAGCUGGGCUGCGAGGACGGGCCAGGGGCCAAGACGUCGCUGUGCGGUUAUCAGAUCCGUAUGGAAACCCGGUCGGGCGACUCGACCCGUUUGCUGUACUGCACCACUGGGGUCCUGCUGAGGAAACUGCAGCAGGACGGCCUGCUGAGCAGUUUGACACACAUCAUCGUCGAUGAGGUGCACGAGCGCAGCGUCCAGUCGGACUUCCUCCUGACCAUCCUGAGGGACAUCGUUCAGAAGCGCUCGGACCUGCACCUGGUGCUGAUGAGCGCCACGGUCGACUGCAACAAGUUUGCGGCCUACUUCAACCGCUGCCCUGUGGUGACCGUCCCGGGCAGGACCUUCCCCGUGGAGGUUUUCCAUCUAGAAGAGAUAGUGGAGGAGACGGGCUACGUGUUGGAGCAGGACUCCGACUACAGCCAGAAGUUCCUGGAGGAAGAGGAGGAAGUGAACGUCAACGUCACGGUGAAAGGAGGGAAGACCCGGGUGCACCAGGACUUUGUGAUCAGAGACCCAGGGGCCGGCUGGGACGGGGGCCCUGACCUGGACCAUUACAGCAGCCGUACACGACACGCACUUCAGUACAUGAACCCCAACAAAAUCAACAUGGACCUCAUCCUGGACCUCCUGGAUUACUUGGAUAAAUCCCCUCAAUUUGCUGAUGUCGAUGGUGCUGUUCUGGUGUUCCUGCCUGGUCUUGCGCACAUCCAGCAGCUCUACGAUCUCCUGUCCACAGACAGAAGAUUCCGGGUCAAAGAGAGAUAUAUGUUGGUUGCUCUGCACUCUACUCUGUCUACUCAGGACCAGGCUGCUGCAUUCACAGUGCCUCCUACUGGCAUAAGGAAGAUUGUGUUAUCCACAAACAUCGCAGAGACUGGAGUUACGAUACCAGAUGUUGUUUUUGUCAUUGACACAGGAAAAACAAAAGAGAACAGAUAUCACGAGAGCAGUCAGAUGAGCUCCCUGGUGGAGACGUUCAUUAGUAAGGCCAGCGCCCUCCAGAGGCAAGGUCGAGCAGGGCGGGUUCGAGAGGGAUUUUGCUUUCGUCUCUUCGCCAAGUAUAGAUUUCAAAGCUUUAUGGAUUACUCUGUGCCGGAGAUACUUCGAGUGCCUUUGGAAGAGCUCUGUCUCCACAUCAUGAAGUGUGAGUACGGCUCUCCUGAAGACUUCCUGUCCCGAGCGCUGGACGCGCCCCAGCCCCAGUCCGUGAGCAACGCGGUGAGCCUGCUGCGCCGGAUCGGUGCCUGCCAGCCGGACAGUCCCACGCUCACCCCCCUGGGACACCACCUCGCCGCCCUGCCCGUCAACGUCAAGAUUGGCAAGAUGCUGGUCUUCGCCGCCAUCUUCGGCUGCCUGGAGCCCAUCGCCACUAUAGCUGCAGCCAUCUCUGAGAAGUCUCCAUUUGCUACGCCAAUGAACAGAAGAGAGGAAGCCAAUCUGGCCAAAGCAGCUUUUGCCGUGGCCAAUUCAGACCACCUCACCAUUUACAAUGCAUACCUGGGGUGGAAGAACGUUCGCAGUGAGGGCACUCGCGCUGAGAUGGCCUACUGCAGAAAGCACUUCCUCAAUCGCACUGCCCUUUUAACCAUAGAGGACGUGAAGCAGGAGCUGAUGCGUAUGAUGGAGCAGGUCGGGUUCGUCCCCGCGAAGCCCAGGCGGGAUCAGCGCCCUCGGGACCGGUCCGACCCGAGGCCCAGCGGGCCCCUGACGGCCAAGGAGAUCGCCAUCCUGAACACGGUGGUGACCGCGGGGCUGUACGACAGCGUGGGGCGGGUCCUGUACACCCCCUCCGUGGACGUCCUGGAGCGGGCCGUGUGCACUGUGGAGACGGCCCAGGGCAAGGCCGAGGUUCACCCCUCCUCGGUCAACCGCACCCUGCAGACCUACGGCUGGCUGCUCUUCCAGGAAAAGGUGAAGUACUCUAAGGUCUACCUGCGGGACACUACUCUGAUCUCCCCCUUCCCCAUGCUGCUGUUUGGGGGAGACAUUGACGUGCAGCAUCGCGAGAGACUCAUCUCCCUGGACGGAUGGAUUUAUUUCCAGGCUCCUGUGAGAAUAGGGGUGAUCUUCAAGCACCUCAGGAAGCUAAUCGACUCUCUUCUGGAGAAAAAACUGGAGAACCCCAAGAUGAACCUUGAAGAUGAAAAAACGAUACAGUUAAUAAUGGAGCUGAUCAAAAUGGAGAACACCGUGUGACAGGGGCUUCUGUUGGAAUGUGUCAGAGAUUCAACAGGAUCGCAACAGCAUGCUGACCAAGCUUAAGGAGAAACAAGGGAAGAAAUGCUUCAUAAAAUAUAAUGAGAAUGAACUCACAGAAAAGAUGGCUUUCCGUGCAUCGUCUAUACUGCUGCCAAAACUUCAAUAAAUAUGCUGGUGUACUCUCAGCUGUCAUUUUCUGUGCAAACUGUUUUCAUUUUUUACUUUGCUACCUUUGCUACAUUGUUUGUUUUGUUAUUGUUUUCAAUGUUUUAAGUAUUUAAGUAUUUAACUUUGAGCCAAUGCUGCAAAGAACUUCGAUAAAUUUUAUUAUAUUCACAGCAAAACUGAAGAAGCAAUACUUUAUCAAAGAAAUGCCAUAAUAAAAUAUGAUUUUUAGAAAUGA